CAUUUCAGAGAAAGAUCAAUCUGCCUUCCCAACAAUUACUGUACUUGAUGUAUCAGAAGAAAAACGUUAUGACAAUAAAAUACAACUAAGAAACUGUUGUGGUUGUAUAACAGAACAAGGAAAUGCUGUAUUGUUACGUCGUCUAUCAGUUGUUCUUUGGAUUUUCACUGUUUUAAUGUUUAAGUUCAGCAUCUCUGUUUACAUUACUGAAAUAGUCUUUAAAGAUGAAUAUGUACAAGCCUGUCUUUCAGCACAAAAAGAAAAUGCAAAUGAGGGCUUAAAUACAUCUAAUUGGGAAUGUAAAGAUUUCAUUACUGCUAUUUUAGUUAGGGAUGGUCUUAAAGUCGCCAUUUUUGGCGCCUUUACGUUCUAUUUUGCAUAUGUCGUUUCUCGCUAUUCUCGAAGAAUGAAAACAGACGCUAAUUAUCAAUUUAGACCUAGUGACGGUCAAAGAACCCCCACAUAUGUUGUUUAUGAAACUAAACCACCAACUGCUCAUGAUUGGGUUCCACCUCCAACUUAUACAGUGAAAACGAGCCCAAUCCAAGAGAACACGCCAGAACCUGAUCAAAAAGCUUAG